AUGCCAAUUGAUUAUUCCAAAUGGGACAAGAUCGAGCUUUCUGAUGACUCCGACAUAGAGGUGCACCCAAAUGUCGACAAGAGGUCUUUUAUCAGGUGGAAACAGAGAGACAUCCACGAAAAGCGGAUGCAAAGAAACAACGAGAUCAAAGGGCUGACAAUCCAAAAGGAGAUGUACACCAGAUUAAACGCGCGGGUGGAUAAGAUGGUUGCAACUUUGGGGGACAGUAUUGCAGAUGAAAAGAAGCGGAACGAGUUUUUAAACACCAAUUUCGAUCCAAAGGAGAAGUGCACCUUGGAGGAAAACGCCGACAAUAUUCCUUACAACGAAAUGGUUGAAGACCUUUUUGUGCAGAUUUCGGACGACCUAAAAAAGGAAGACAAGGAUAGCAACGAUCCAAAGCUUGUGCUGGCAAAACUGCUUGAGCACAGAGCGAAAAUUGAGUCUGUUUUGAAGCAGAUAGAUCCAAAACUCGAGGAGCUCAAGAAGGAGAAAGAGUUACACAUUUCGAGCGAGGAUAUUCACGACGGGUGGAACAGCUCAAUUAUCAACAAAACUCCAUCAUCUUCUGCUCCCCCAUCGGCCGACUCUGGCUCUUCCAAAAAGACCAAAUCCACAGCUACUACCAUAGAAACAAUAAACAGCCCAGAAGUCGCCAAAUUAGCCCAAGUGCCUUCCAAGCCUUUGGACCAGCUUGACGAGCUUGAACUUUUGCCAGAAACGAAGGAGUUUGCAAGUAUCCCUGCUACCGACUUGUUGAAGAGCAUCAAGUUCCUUGAAAGCCAUCUUUACAUCGUUUGCGAGCAGCAGAAAGAUGCUUUGAUGAUGAGCACGUUUGACGCCCAACUAAGUGGCGACACCAAGACUGCCAAACAGACCGUUCAUCAGGCACUGAUUCUUCAAUACUUGAACGAUUUAUUCAAUGCUGCUGGUGGACCAAAGGCUACAAUUCAGCAGAAGCAGCAGGCGGUUGGAUUGUUUGUUACUAAGUUAAUGGACAAAUCGUCGCCAGCCGCUCGCACGUUUGAGGCAGAUUUGGAAAAGACAUAUAAACAUAUUGUUAGCAGGUGUGAAGUCAUCAAGCAGGAACAAGAACAGAACGCCGAACAAGAAGGCGUGGAGCAAAUCCAAUUAAGAUCUAUGGAUCCAAAUUCAGAGCUCGUUGUUAAUCUUCCAACCGAAGGUACUCCUGAAUAUGAAACUUUCAAGCAGAUCCCAGAGAACAUGCGAAAGGCUCUGGAGACCAAGGAACUCGACGCCAUAAACAAAGUCUUUGCUACCAUGUCGAUUUCAGAAGCUGAAAACGUAUUAGAACUAUUUGACAAGUGUGGUGUGAUCCAGAUCCAAGCUUUGUUGGAAAACGAGGACGAGUUUAACCAUUUGAAGGAGGAAUAUGAGGAGCUAGGAGACGACGAAGCUGCGGAAGUUGGUGAACAGCCAUCGUCUACCGCGGACAUCGUGGACUAG